AGUCUCUCAGCCAGCCAAAGUAAUCACAACGUCUUACAGAGUCAGAGAUCCACCAAAGCCAUCAACAUCGACCAACCCAUCGAAACGGCAUCGAGAACGAUUGAAUGGCGAACUGGAAACAGUAGCCGGUCUCCUACCGUAUGAUGCGGCCACAAUCAGUCGUCUGGAUAAACUCAGUGUUCUUCGAUUGGCCGUUAGCUUUCUUCAAGUCAAAGCACAUUUUCAUGCGUGCCUCAACUCAUCACCUUUCAUCUGCCAAUUCCCCAUGGCCACACAUGCCUAUGCAUACUGUCCACAGUCGACAAUAUUUUCCGCUAUACCUACCGUAUACCACAGCCGAACGUCGCAGGCACUUAUUGACCCGAAUGAAGCCGAUUUUGAAACGAUUGCCCUGAAGUCACUUGGAGGGUUCCUGUUGAUAGUUAACGACAAUGGCGAGAUUUACUAUGCCUCGGAGAACAUUGAGAGCUUUCUUGGCUUCCAUCAGAGCGAUGUUCUCCAUCAACCUCUUUACGAUUUGAUCCACUCUGAAGAUCGUGAUGAUAUCAGACAACAACUGAAUUUGACCAGCCAUUCCAGCAUGAACACUUUUUCUUCAGAAAACUCGGAACAUCUUGAACGAAACGUGAAUGCUCGAUUUCGAUGCUUGCUCGACAACACCUGCGGAUUUUUGCGGAUAGACAUGCGAGGAAAGCUGCUCUCUUUGCACGGAUUGCCAUCGUCGUAUGUUCUCGGAAGGAGCAAUCCAGGACCGGUAAUGGGAAUGAUCGCUGUUUGCACGCCGUUCGUCCCUCCCUCGUCUGCAGAUGUGCUUGCAGAAGAUCAGAUUCUGAAGACGAAACAUCAGCUCGAUGGCACACUGGUGUCAAUGGACGACAAGGUACAUGCCAUGUUAGAACUGAGUGAGAGCGAGCUGCCAAUCUCCUUUUACAGCCUUGUGAACGUUGAAGAUGCCGUAUGUUUAGCUGAAGCUCACAAAGAAGUUAUAAAGAAUGGCUCCAGCGGCUUGUUGAUUUACCGACUAGUGAGUACAAAGUCGAACCGGACGUAUUUCGUCCAGAGCAGCUGCCGCAUGUUCUACAAGAACGGAAAGCCUGAAUCAAUAGGGCUCACCCAUCGACUUCUGAACGAAGUCGAAGGCACAAUGCUUUUGGAGAAGCGGUCAUCUUUGAAGGCAAAGUUACUGUCUUUUGACGAUUCCUUUCUGCAGUCACCUCGGAACCUGCAAUCAACGGCCGCUCUCCCAUUGCCGCCACCCAGAGAUGAGACCGACGUCGAGAGGUAUCGUCUUUCACAUUUACUUGAAAAAAACUUAGUUUUCACACCUUCACCAUUUCAAGUUCCUACAAUUUCAGUGAACUACCAAGCUGCGAUCCCACAACUACCUCGACCAUCCUAUCACGACCUGACAAACUCGGAAUGCCAACAGUGGCAUAAUCCCACCGGUAAGCAAAACUUCACACAGUGGAAAAUUAAUGUUCCUCGUACCAACACAACAGUUAACAUUUUUCACCAUUCAGGUCAUUCACACAUGAAUCAUAACGUCAAUCUUACGAACAUGGAAGACACCUCUCAGUUCUUUGUUAAAGAUCUCUCUCAUGGCUACCCGCUUACUAUGGAUUAUAAUAAGGUACACAUUUCAAUCUUCACUUCAUUGCGGUGCACUUUAGACUAUUCUAUUGAAAUACUUGAAUUACAGGUUCCGAUCGAAUAUCCCAUGAAUACCGUUCUUCCGCCGCAGGCUAACGGUUUCCAGUUUAUCUCAGAAGUUACCAACACAUUGCUCGGACAGUAA